AGACAAAGCAAAGAUGUUUUCAAACCACAAUGGAGUCCUGCUUAGCAUCCUUUGCCUUUGUGCAAUCAGUUGCACAGAGGUCUUUGGAUUCUCUUCAGUAAUCAGUGUGAGAAAUGGAGGCCAAUGGGGCAAGUGGCAGUUUCCUGAACAUUGUCCUAAUGGAUGGAUUGCCUUUGGAUUUGCUUUGAAGGUAGAGGCCAACCAAGGAACUGGAGAUGAUACAGCACUGAAUGGAAUACGGCUGUUCUGUAAGGCAUCAGCAGUAUCUACUGAGUCACAUAUUAUUGAAUCAGAGAGUGGCCUGUGGGGCACAUGGACAAGCACACAGUGGUGCCGAAAUGGUUUUCUCAAAGCAUUCCUGUUGAAAGUGCAGCAUCCUCAGGGGAAUGGUGAUGAUACUGCAGCUAACGACAUCAAGUUCAUAUGCUCUGAUGGGACUGUACUGGCAGGUCAUGGACAGGUCUGGGGAGAAUGGGGCGAUCAAAGUGGUACCUGUGUAAAGGGCAUCUCUGGCAUUCAGACAAAGGUGCAGUCACCACAAGGAGAUGGAGAUGAAACGGCUCUGAAUGACGUUCGUUUUUUCUGCCGCUAAAUCUUGAGCCUGCACAGAACACCUUACUGGCUUGUUGAGAAGGGGUAUUAAUAUUUACAUGAUAGCAAUAUUUAAACUAAUGUAAUGCUUUAUGGGUUAAUAGGGUAAACAUGUUUAAGGAUUUUUUUUUGCAGUAAAUAUCCUAGUUACUAUAAUGAUUAAAUAAGCACCUUACCGCAUUAAUGUAAUUAAAGGAAUAGUUCACUAUUUUUCAAGUCAAAGUUAUUUCUUUACAAACACGCCAUAUAUGCAUUUGCCAUGUGAAACUGUGUUCUAAACGUAAGCACUUUCUCUAAAUUUAAAUAAAAUAUCUUGCCUGCACUAGGGCUUUACAUUGGGUGCUAUGGGGUACGGUGGAAAAACACCAAUAUUAUGAGAUUCAUCCAUUUUUAAAGAAGACCAACUAUGUGUGAUACCUCAGCAUAUGAACAUUUCAUCCCCCCUGGGGAACAGUUUCCUCUCAAAGGACCAAACCACAGUAAACAUUUUGUGCCAUGUGGUUGGUUUUGAUUUGAUUUACUACUGCUUACUUUUGUUUAUGUGUGAACUCAUACAAGUGAAUAGAAAAUGUAUCCAUACCAUUAGAAAAACAGUACAUGGAACAUGCCAUAAAAUUAUGAUUUCCAGAUCUCUUUCAUUAUCACAAACAUGCAUCGGAAACAUGGAAGGUGCUGAUCAAUACUUGACAACUGUCGUGGCUUGAAAAAUUAACAUAUUUGGCAAAUUUUUAAAUUUUCCUCCGUGCCCCAUACCCUCCAUUGUAAAGCACCAGUGUAUAUAAGAUAUUUUUUUAAUUUAUAAGAAGUAUUUCACUUUAGAACACAAUUGUGUGUCACAAAUACAUAUAUAUUAUGUUUUUGAAGAAAUAACCUGGACUUGAAAAAUACCAAACUUAUCCUUUAAAGCAAAAUGCAAUGCAACAAAUAAUCUGUUUAAAUGCUUAAUAAAGUAUUCUGUGAACCCUUCUCCAUCCCUACUAAUGGUUGACUUCCUUCAAUCAGACAUAAAAUGUUAAGAGUAUAAAUAAGAACAUUGUACUUAGACAUUAUGUUUCAUAGCAGACAAUCUUAAAUCUUAAACUUAUCUGAAUUUCAUUUGUCAAAAAUAAAUGCAUCUCUCAGCAAAAA